AUGGCCGCCUCCAAGACCAUGCAAUUACGCUCGUCCGACGCUGCUCUGCAGCUUGUCGACCCGGAUCAGACAUUGAAGGCUUCCAAAGCUCUUCUGGCGCAUAUGAAGAAGGCCUCCACGGAAAAGGCUGCGAGCGCCGACAAGAAGAACCUCCUGGCAGACGAUGAGGAGGCUUUGAACGAGCAGCCUGUCUGGUUGACCCUCACAACUAAGCGACACAUUGUCGACUCGAACCGCCUCAAGCCUGGCAAGAUCUCGCUGCCCCAUUCGCUAAACACCGACCCGGAGUUGAGCAUCUGCUUGAUCAGUGCUGACCCCCAGCGCCACUACAAGAACCUUGUUGCCGACGAGUCAUUCCCUGAAGAAUGGCGCAAGAGGAUAACAAGAGUUAUUGAUGUCGGCAAGCUCCAAGCCAAGUUCAAGCAAUACGAGGAACAGCGCAAGUUGUACGCCGAGCACGAUAUCUUCCUCGGCGAUUCGCGCAUCAUCACACGACUGCCCAAGGUCCUCGGCAAGACAUUCUACAAGUCAACUGCAAAGCGCCCCAUCCCCGUAAACCUGGAGUCGAGGAAGAAGGUGGAUGGCAAGAAGGUCAAGAAGGUCAAGGGUGACAACACACCCAAUGCCUGCACACCCACAGAACUGGCCGCCGAGAUCGAGAAGGCCGUCGGCUCCGCACUCGUGCAUCUUUCUCCCUCAACCAACACUGCCAUCCGUAUCGGUUAUGCCGAUUGGAAGCCCGAGGAGCUCGCCGCCAAUGCCAAGGUUGUCGCCGAAGCACUCAUCGAGAAGUUUGUGCCACAGAAGGAUAAGAACGUGCGCAGCAUUUAUCUUAAGGGAUCUGAGACAGUUGCGUUGCCAGUGUAUAUGGCCGACGAGCUCUGGGUGGACGGCGAGAAGGACAUUGUCACCAACGAGUCCGAGGAGGCCAAGGCAGCCUUGACCGCCGAGAAGGCCAACAUUGGAAAGAAGCGAAAGUCGCUCGAGGGAGCUGCCGAGGAAGCUACCCCCGUCACAAAGAAGGUCAAGAAGGGUGGCAAACCCAAGGCCCUGCCAGAGAGUGAUGAUGCCAAACUGGACAACGAGAUCGCAGAGCGCAAGGCCAAGCUGAAGAAGCAGAAGGCAGCAGCCAAGAAAGCUGUCGAUGUUUAA